CAAUGAGCCACCGUACGUCAUAGUAAAAAAUAAAGCAUAUGGCGUCCUGCUAAACAGAAAUAAAACAGCCCUCCUAAUACCUGCUUUCAGUUUUUGUGAGGACUUACUUGUCUCACACAGCUUCAGAAGAUAAAACGACACUAUUGAAGUGAGUUUUGAGUUUUGGUCUGUGAGACUAUAUUGGUCAAAGGGCAACAAUGACAUUUCUAUUCAGAUCUGCUCUCACAAAACAGGGUCUGUUGAUGCCUGUUCUGAAUGCUGUUAGAGGAAUGUCUACUUCAACAGGUCCCAACCCCCUCUUCACCACCCUGUCAAUCACCCGCCCGGCCGAUACCAUCACUCACGUCGAGUUCUGUCGUCCAGAGAAACGCAAUGCAAUGAACAAGGCAUUCUGGAGUGAAAUGGUUGACUGCUUCAAUCAGAUUGCUGAAGACCCGGAGUGUCGUGUUGUGGUUUUUUCAGGUGCUGGGAAGCUCUUCACAGCUGGUAUUGACCUGAUGAGCAUGGCCAGUGAUAUUCUACAGCCUGAGGGAGACGACACUGCAAGGAUCUCAUGGAACUUGCGCCACAUCAUAGGCAAAUACCAGGAAACCUUCUCUGUUAUAGAAAAGUGUCCAAAACCAGUGAUUGUUGCCAUACAUGGAGCAUGUAUUGGAGGGGGAGUGGAUCUGAUCACAGCAUGCGAUAUACGGCUCUGUACACAGGAUGCCUGGUUUCAGGUCAAGGAAGUCGACAUUGGCCUGGCAGCUGAUGUCGGUACUUUGCAGCGUCUCCCCAAAGUGAUUGGAAGUCGUAGUCUGGUGAAUGAGCUGGCUUUGACUGCGAGGAAGAUGUACGCUGAUGAAGCCAAGAGUUGUGGAUUAGUCAGCCGUGUGUUUCCAGAUAAAGAGACGAUGAUGGCCGGAGCUAUGGAGAUGGCAGAAGAGAUCGCAAGCAGGAGUCCUGUUGCAGUACAGGGAACCAAAGUCAAUCUAAUUUACUCCAGAGAUCACAGUGUUCCAGAUGGCCUGAAUUACAUGGCCACCUGGAAUAUGAGCAUGCUUCAAACCCAUGAUCUGAUGAAGUCAGCUCAGGCUGCCAUGGAGAAGAAAAGCCCUAAAGAAAUUACUUUCUCUAAGCUCUGAGAAUCUACAGGGGAAUGCAUGCUUACUCAAACCAGCUUAAAAAGUUCCAUGAAGACCGCCUGCUGAUUUAUAUUUCAUGUGCAUGUCUUUGUAAACAUGAUUUCUAUAACUAAAGUGCUUCGUGCCAGCACAAAUUUAAUUCGUUCAUCAACUUCAGUGAAAGCAAACUCUUUCUGGAAUUGCUUUACUACAAUUGCAGGGUGAUGUAAUAUUUUUAUGGGUGCCUUAAAUAUUGUUUGGCACAUAAAUGUUAGUUAAUUAACCAAAAACUACAAAACAUGUUCAGUGCUGAACGUACAAUAAAACUUGAUAUUUAGAUGCACAGUAUGACUGUUUGACCUAUGCCUUAUCAAUCUUAUGAUUUUUUUUGUUCUGCAUUAAAUUACAUUUGACAGUAGAACUUGUAUGAACUGUGACAAUAUUUUUGCACUUCCAGUAAAAACUAAUA